GGAGCCCACCGCCUGCAGAUGCCUGAACCCACACAGCAGCAGUUCCUUGUCGCUAACGUGUUCCGGAACAACUAUGACCCAGAGAACAACCUUAAUGAUAUUCUCCUCAUCCAGAGCCUCAAGUUAUCGCCUUGGGUACAAUGCUGUGGCAUCACACCUCCAACUCCUGGGCUCAAGUGAUUUUCCUGCCUCCACCUCCCAAGUAGCUGGGACAAUAGGCUCUUGCCACAACGCCCGGCUAUUUUUUGGUAGCAGCCGUCGUUUUUGUUUGGCAGGCCCUGCCUGGAUUCGAACCCGCUACCUCAGGUGUAUGUGGCUGGCACAUUAGCUACUUGAGCCACAGGCGCCAAGCCAAUUGUUUCUUGAUAUUCAGAUUUAAUCGUGAGUCCUGACUAUUGCCUCGUAGCCCUACUGGAGCCAACCCCAGCCUCAUGCACACCCCUCCCCUCUUCUCACCACUUUCUUAUGCCCUGGGGAGAGGAAGUGGGGGCACUGGCCAGCCAUGGGGCAAUGGCAACGGCCUCCUGGCAUGGGGGUAUAAGAGUAGCUGGGUGGGCACAGUGGGGCAGAGACCCUGGAGCCUGUCCCCACCAUGACCCUUGGCCACCGACCCUCCAGCCUUGCUAUCAUCUCUAUCCUGCUGGCCUUGCUGCUGGAUGACCCUGCGUUGGCCUCAGAGAUUGUGGGGGGCCGGCCAGCCAGGCCCCACGCAUGGCCCUUCAUGGUGUCCCUGCAGCAGCGUGGAGGCCACUUCUGCGGUGGCACCCUGAUUGCCCGCAACUUUGUCAUGUCGGCUGCCCACUGCACAAACGGCUUAAACUUCCGGUUGGUGCAGGUGGUGCUGGGUGCACAUGACCUGAGUCAGCAGGAGCCCACCCGGCAAACAUUUACUGUCCAGCGUGUCUUUGAAAAUGGCUUCAACCCCAUACGUUUGCUGAAUGACAUCGUGAUUCUCCAGCUCAACGGGUCGGCCACCAUUAAUGCCAACGUACAGGUGGCCCAGCUGCCAUCCCAGGACCGUGGGGUGAGCAAUGGGACACAGUGCCUGGCUGUGGGCUGGGGCCGGCUGGGCACCAACCAGCCAGUGCCCAGCAUCCUUCAGGAGCUCAACGUGACCGUGGUGACUUCCCUCUGCCAUCGUGCCAACGUAUGCACACUUGUGAGACACCGGCGGGCUGGAAUCUGCUUUGGAGACUCUGGCGGCCCCCUGGUCUGCAAUGGAGUGGUCCAGGGGAUUGACUCCUUCAUCCGGGGAGGCUGCGGCUCUGGCUUCUACCCAGAUGCCUUUGCUCCAGUGGCACGUUUUGCAGACUGGAUCAACUCUAUCAUCCGGAGCCCCAGAAAUCACUUUCUUCCCCAGCCCAGGGACCCUGCUAGCUGGAUCCACUAAAAAAGGCUGCCUUGGUCAGCCCUCCUUAGCUGCUCACAACUGCAUUCUCCAGCAUUUAGCACAAUAAAUA